UUUAUAACUAUUUUGUUGAAAAGGAACCAGGUUGCUGAGUGGUGGAGUCGAAUCUGUUCUAGUCCAGUGGCACAAUGAAUCUUCAUGCCAAAAGGAUUUCCUGCCUCGUUUGGGGUCUCCUAUCGAAUACAUCUCCAUGUCCUCUGAUGGUGCUCUCUGCUGCACCCUGCACACAGACAACAGAAUUACGAUAAUCAACAGCAACCUAAGGUUUUCCAGAAGUAUUCAAGGGCUAAUCAAAAGUAGGGAUGUCAAGACUGGCCUAGUGGUUGAUCCUAGAACCAAAGCUUUGGUCCUGAAUGGAGAGCCAGGCCACUUGCAGUUCUAUUCCCUCCAGAGUGACCAGCAGUUGUUCAGUCUGGACAUUGUGCAGCGUCAGUACAUCCACCAGGCGGGUCUGAAGCAGUCAGACCUGGUGAAGGUCGCGUUCAGCGCUCAGGGCACCUGGCUGGCCACGGUAGAGGAGAGUGAAGAAGUGACUGACCCUGAGCUGCAGCUGAAGCUGUGGUUCUACAGUGAAGAAACACAAAGCUUUACGCUGAACACCAGAAUAAACACUCCCCAUGACAACCACAUCACAGACAUGUGCUUUCGUGACAUGGAUGAACUGGGAGAUGACUCUCUCAUACUGGUAACAACCGGCAGAGACUGUU